AUGGGUCGCAUGAAGGAGAUUUUCAUCGGCGAAGGCGAUCGCUACAACUAUUCGCAGAUGUGCCUCUUCAACAACCCGUUCUCGAGAGGCGAGAAGCAAAAGGUGAACUUUUACUCGGUCGAUGAGAAGAUCCCCAUCUUCCUCACGCUUAUUAUGGGAUUACAGCACGCCUUUGCUAUGGUGGGCGGUCUCAUCACGGUCCCGUUUGUCAUUUUCAAGUUCUCCGUGUGCUUCGCGUGUGUAGAGCUUCAGCAGUACGCGAUCGCUGCCGCUCUCAUUACCUCCGGUCUGUGCACGCUUAUCCAGCUAUCCAAGUUUCCCAUCCCCGGAUCGGAGAAGUAUUUCGGACGCCAGCUUUUUGUUGGAAGUGGAGUCCUCUCUGUCAUGGGCACCUCCUUUACCUUCUUGCCCAUUUUCGAGAUUGCCAUUCGCCAAAUGACGGCGAGUGGCAUUGACGGACGUACGGCGUACGGAAAAAUGUUGGGUACCUCCAUGCUCUGCGGGCUGCUCGAACUCGGCUUUUCGGUGAUGCCCCUCAAGUAUAUCAAGCGCAUCUUCCCGCCGAUGGUUACCGCGAUUACUGUAAUUCUGAUUGGGGUUGCCUUAAUCGGAACUGGUAUGAAGUACUGGGGAGGUGGUGCCGUGUGCGCUGAUAUGGUGUGGAAGGAACAUUCGCAAAUCACGGGUCAAAACUUGACUUUCCCUCCUCCUUUUCCCACCUGUGAUGCGGGAGAUGUCCAGUUGGGAUACGGCUCUCGGGAGUUGAUUGGCUUGGGGUUUUCAGUCAUGGUGUUUUUGGUCUUUAUUGAGUUGUUUGGAUCGGUCUUCAUGAAGAACUGCAACGUCAUCAUUGCCCUGCUGUUUGGAUACCUGAUUGCCGGUGUUACCGACUACGAAGGCUCCAACUACGUCGAUACGAGUAAGAUUUCCGAUGCGAAGGCCAUUACGUUUUUAUGGGUUGAGACCUUUCCGCUCGGACUAUAUGGUCCCGCCGUAAUUCCUCUCCUCAUUGCGUACUUGGUUACAACAGUCGAGACCGUCGGUGAUAUUUCUGCAGUCUUCGAAGUCUCCGGAAUCAGCAUGGACUCGCAAUCUUUCAAUGAGAGUUUGCAGGGAGGUCUUACGUCGGACAGUAUCUGCAGCAUUAUCUCUGGACUCUUUACUAGCAUGCCCAAUACGACCUUUUCUCAGAACAACGGUGUGAUUGCUCUCACAAAGUGCGCUUCUCGCCGUGCUGGGUAUGGAGCCGCUUUUUGGUGCGUAGUUGUGAUGGGUGUUUUCUCCAAGAUAUCCGGUAUCAUUACAAGUAUCCCGGAUUGUGUUAUUGGAGGCAUGACCAUUUUCCUUUUCGCCAAUGUGCUAGUCUCUGGGAUUGCUCUUUCCGCCACGCUGGACCUUCACUCUCGUCGUGUUAAAUUCAUCAUGGCUUUGAGUUUGGCCAUUGGUGUCGGUGUCACGGUGUGGCCGUUUGCCUUCCAAGAUAUGCGCGGCAGUAGCUACACCGCCAAUUUCUGGCGAUGCUCCGAAUGCUCCGAUACCAUGAAGGGUCUCCGCAACGGUGCGUCUAUUUUCUUGUCUACAGGAUAUUGUGUAGGAACUGUCGUGGCGAUGUUUUUGAACGCCAUCCUUCCUGAAGACGGAGGCGUUGUCAUGUAUGAUGAGACCAAGAAGUUGUCUGAAGAAGAAAGUAACGAAAGCGAAGACGGUGCCGCUGCUCCCUUAGACGAGUACGACAGCGACAAGAAGGAUAUUGAAUAUCAAAAGAACGAAAUUUCAGCCUAA